CAUCCUACACCAUCCACUUCCCCUUCCAUCCCCGGGCACUGUCGCCUAUCUGUGUCGCAGCCACAGCUCACAGUCAUGACUCAUGAACCGUAGAAAACACCCCCGACCGACCGACGAGGUCUCUCCCAAACGGAGAAAGUUCGUCGCCUGCCAACGGUGCCAUGCCCACAAGAUCAAAUGCUCCGGCGACCAGCCGUGCGCUAAAUGCCGCCAGGUUGGCUGUGCCGACACCUGCCAGUAUGCGCCGCGGGAUCGGCAGGUCAAAGUGAGCGAAAGUUAUCUGCAGCAACUGCUGGCCGAGAACCGGCAGCUGCGUCGCUCACAGCCGAGCCCCUCGGCCAGCGCGACCGAGGCCGACCAGGAAGCGCCCGGACGCGGGCCGUCGCGACCUGCAGAGGCGCCCGAUCACGACGAGAGCAAUCCCAAUGUGCGCAAUCCCUUGAUCGGGGACCGCGCCUGGUUCCACCCCUACGAUCCGUCCGCGCCGCCCAUCUUCGUAGGCGAGGCCGCCUGCACCGCGUUUGCCACGCGCUUCCGCCGCUUCCUGACGGGCAGCAAUGCCACCGCCCACAUCCCGCGCACGCAGUACGUCGAGGACUACAAUAUCGCCGCCGCCAACACCGGCGAGGUUGCGUGGCCCAGUCUGCAGCAGGCCCGGCUGUUGCUGAAGAUCGCGCUGCGCCAGAUCGGCUUCAUCUACCAUCUCGUGCUGCGCCGGUCGACGCUGGAGAAGCUCGAGGAGAUCUACCAGACGGGCGACUUCGCGUGCCAGGUCAACCAAUGCAAGUUCUUCGCGCUGUUUGCGUUUGGGGAGGCCUACUCCAUGCGCAAGGAGCCGUCCUCGGGGUCCAGGGUUCCGGGGACCAAGUACUUUGCGCGCGCGCUGAGUCUGGUGCAGGUGCUGCCGGAGCGGACGAGCAUCACGCACCUGGAGACGCUGCUACUACUGGUAUGCUUCCCUGUCGGUCUGCUGAAUCAUGCUAAUGACCAGUCCCUAUUCUCGUACUAUCUGAACCGCCGGCACUCGGCGUAUGUCUUGAUCGGGAGCGCCAUGCGUCUAGGACUGACGAUCGGGAUGAACCACAACGUCCCGGAGACGCAGAUCAUCGACCCGGUGGAGCGACAGCACCGGGUGCGCAUCUGGUGGACGAUCUAUAUCUUCGACCGCAUGUGGGGGUCGAAGAUGGGCCUGCCGUCGCAGAUCCUGGACGACGACAUCCACCUGGACAUGCCGUGCAACAUCACGCCGCCGGCGCUGCACGAGGGGCAGUUCUCGGACACGGAGUAUCUGAAGGCGAACAUCACGCUGGCGCGGAUUGUGGGCGAGACGAUCGCCAAGCUGUACAGCCGGCGCAAGUACAGCGAGACGUUCCUGCAGCGGGUGCAGAAGCUGCUGAAGGCGCUGAAGAACUGGGUGGAGACGCUGCCGGCGCAUCUGCGGCUGGACCAGGAGGAGCCGGAGAUGAGUCGGACGCCGGUGGGGUCGCUGCAUCUGUCGUUCAACCAGUGUGUAAUCCUCACCACCCGCCCCACCCUCCUACACAUCCUCAUCAAACUCAGCGAGGACACGCACCGCGAAGACCGCGAAGAGAUCUCGCAGCCGGUGCUCACGCUGGGCGAGGCGUGCAUCCACGCGGCGCGCCACUCGCACUCGAUCAUCCUGCGGCGGUGGAUCAACGGCACGCUGCCGACCUUCGGGUUCUUCCACGCGCACUACCUGUUCUCGGCGGCGCUGGUGCUGGCGACAUCCAGCCUGACGCCGAUCGGCAACCCGGCCGACCUGGGCGCCUUCGAGACCGGCAUCGAGGUGUUGCGCGCGAUGAGCGAGAACGGCAACCUCGCGGCGUCGGAGUUCUACCUCAACCUCGAGCAGGCAAAGUGCUGUCUAGAUCGGUAUCUGAGCGAGCGGCGGCGCGAUAGUCGGGGGAGAUUGAACGCGGCGGCGGCGAUCGGGCCGGGGACGGUCUCGGCGGUGGUGUCCACCCCGACUAGCACUAACCCCCACAACCUCGUCGAGGGGCCGGGCCAGGGGCAUGGACAGGGGCACGGGCAAGGACAGAUGGGCCUGGACUUUAACCCGAACACCCCUGGGCUUGUCGAAGGUGGUGUUGGCGUGGUGCACGACGGGUUCACGACGGCGAUGGCGUUCCUGGAGCCGACGAUGCAGGAUUUCCUGGCGCAGAGCGACUUCGAUCUGGGCAUGCUGCAUCCGGUGGAUACGUUUAUGAAUGAGGAGAAUGUAUAUGCGAUGGGGGUAUAG